AUGCUCGUUUUGUUUCUCCUGGGCCUCACCGCCGCCGCAAGCUCGAGGAAGCGGCAGGCCACUGGCGAGCACACCAUGGGAUUCAUCGGGUGCUCCAUGGCCGAGAACAUCGCUCAGGGGUACGUCGCCGUCGGGGGCACGCACAUGUGGGGACCGUACGGGACGGGCGGGAUGGUGGUGCAGUCGUGGACCGACACCAACUCGGCGAGCUGGCGCCUGUUCGACCAGCAGGCGGCGCGGUACGGCCGGCCGGCCGAGGUCUGGGUGCAGAUCUGCAUCUUCCAGAACCCCGGCGCCACCUACGACGAGGUCGAGCGGCUGGUCGCCAACGCCCGCGAGCACGCCGCCCCCGGCGCCCGCAUCUGGAUCACCGGCCAGCCACUCUACCCGGACAACCCGUCCAGCUGCUUCCUCGCGGGGCCCGCCGGCCCCCAGCUCACCGUCGACCUCGCCAAGCGAGCCGCCGCCGACGCUUCGCUCAACGUCACCUACCCCGGCGAGUUCGUCCUGAUGAGGAACGAGGUCCAGGAUGGCUGUCAUGCCAACGCUGCCGGGCAGCGCUCUCUGGGCGAGCAGGCUCUGGCGUUCUGGGGCUGA